AUGCACGAUCUGUUUGAUGCAGCUGAGGCGGCGUGCGAAUUGCUCCCCGUGGUGGCUGCAGCCCGCAUCCAUGUAGGCCGCCAUCUUGGCAGUGCGCUGCUCGUCCAGAUGUCCGUGUGGUUCGUAGCGCGUGCAUUGGCCUCGCUGACGGCUCACUUCCCGCCGCCACGCCGAUCGCUCGACGCACACACUCAUGCGGCUGCCGAGGAACCGCAACAAGUGUCAGAAGGCAUGGGCUCGGAAGCGCGACGCCUUGGCAUUGCAACGCCGCGUCUGGACGCCGUACGGAAUCGAUUGCCAAUGCCCGUGCCGGGGUCACUGAAAGCUGCCCUCGAAACCAGUGCGCCGAUCGACGCUUGGAGAAAUUCCAGUUGA